GCUGUGCCAGCACCGCCAGCGACACUUGGCCAUUGCGAUGGACCGUUCCCUGGAGAACCUGGCGGGGCGUCCCCGGCUCGACUCGCUCAGCUCUGUGGAGGAGGAUGACUACGACACCCUGGCUGACAUCGACUCGGACAAGAACGUCAUCCGCACCAAGCAAUACCUGUACGUGGCGGAUCUAGCACGCAAAGACAAGCGGGUGCUGCGGAAGAAAUACCAGAUUUACUUUUGGAACAUCGCCACCAUCGCUGUGUUCUAUGCCCUGCCGGUCAUCCAGCUAGUGAUCACCUACCAGACGGUGGUGAACGUCACUGGGAAUCAGGACAUCUGCUUCUACAACUUCCUGUGUGCCCACCCGCUGGGCAACCUCAGCGCCUUCAACAACAUCAUCAGCAACCUGGGCUACAUCCUGCUGGGGCUGCUCUUUCUGCUCAUCAUCCUGCAGCGAGAGAUCCACUACAACCGGGCCUUGAUGCGCAAUGACCUGCAGGCGCUGGAGUGUGGCAUCCCGAAGCACUUUGGCCUCUUCUAUGCCAUGGGCACUGCCCUCAUGAUGGAAGGGCUUCUGAGCGCCUGCUACCACGUCUGCCCCAACUAUACCAACUUCCAGUUUGACACCUCUUUCAUGUACAUGAUUGCCGGGCUGUGUAUGCUGAAGCUCUACCAGAAGCGGCACCCAGACAUCAACGCCAGCGCCUACAGCGCCUACGCCUGCCUGGCCAUCGUCAUCUUCUUUUCGGUUGUGGGGGUGGUCUUUGGCAAGGGCAACACGGCCUUCUGGAUCGUCUUCUCCGUCAUCCACAUUGUCUCCACUAUGUUGUUGAGCACCCAGCUUUACUACAUGGGCCGCUGGCGGCUGGACUCUGGGAUCUUGCGUAGGAUCCUGCACGUGGUUUACACCGACUGCAUCCGGCAGUGCAGCGGGCCCUUGUAUGUGGAUCGGAUGGUCUUGCUGGUGAUGGGCAAUAUCAUCAACUGGUCACUGGCUGCCUACGGCCUCCUUGCCCGGCCCAACGACUUUGCCUCUUACCUUCUGGCCAUCGGCAUCUGCAACCUGCUGCUCUACUUUGCCUUCUACAUUAUCAUGAAGCUCCGGAGUGGCGAACGCCUCAAGCUGAUCCCCCUGCUCUGCAUCGUCUGCACUUCCGUCGUGUGGGGCUUUGCCCUCUUUUUCUUUUUCCAGGGCUUGAGCACCUGGCAGAAAACACCGGCAGAGUCCCGAGAACAUAACCGGGACUGCAUCCUGCUCGGUUUCUUUGAUGACCACGAUGUCUGGCACUUCCUCUCAUCCAUCGCCAUGUUUGGCUCCUUCCUGGUCUUACUGACCCUGGAUGAUGAUCUGGAUUGCGUCCAGCGUGACAAGAUCUACGUCUUCUAGACUACUGGAUUCCAGCCAGCCUCUCCAGGGCAUCGUACC